AUGAAUAAUCUGGAACACGUUGAUCCACCAGCUGGUAUAAGACUCCAAAUAAAAAAUAUUGUCUUGUCUUGUACUGUCAUCAAUUAUGGGCCUGUUUACAUGGAGGUGGCGACCCCAGAUAGGUGAGGUAACAUGGGUCACCCCACCUAUCAUGCAAAUGUCAUCAAAUUAAAAUGAGAGCCUAUAUGGACAUGCGGGUUACCUCACCUACCUCGGGUCCCCCACCUCCAAAACAGACCCUAAAGCAGAAAGUCAGUCGCUCGAACCAAUAAGUCGUUGUCAAAGUUUGUGAAGGUGAAAUUACAGUUUUUAUGAGCUUUGUAACUUGACAGCAUCAAUGAUUACAGAAUUACAAAUUUCGUGCAAACUUGUCGUUCACUAGUUUUCAUUAUACUCUGGUCUGUUCCUUCCAAAUCGCUCGUGUGCACUUGCAAAUUGACCACUGGCUAUUGCUGAUAGAGUGGAGAGUUCCAUGGCCAGCGCGAAUGAAGCAAUUAUUUCCGCAAAUCGAUAGACACGACCCUUUCAAAAGAGAAAGUAUGGAAUGGUUUUAAUUGACCCUGUUGUUUUCCUUUGACAUCAAAUACUGAUCGUGUGUUCUGCUAAAGCUGAUGUUUGACAACUGGUAAUCGUUAGAGCCCGAAACGUCAGCUUUACCAACUCACACAAUAAUGAUGAUGAUGAUGAUGAUGAUGAUGAUAAUAAUAAUAAUAAUAAUAAUAAUAAUAAUAAUAAUAAUAAUAAUAAUAACCAAAAUGCAGACUUUGUGGCCGUUUCGACGAGACCAUUGACCAUCUGGUCUCUGGCUGCCCCGAACUGGCUUAAGUGUCAUUGUCUGCGAAAGUGUUCCAGGGGCCAAAAGUUGUGGUCAACCGAUUUAGCUGAAACUUGGCACAGAAGCUGGGUGUGA